UGACACCCCCACCCGGGUGUCACACCGGAAUAGUACCGGCGGAAGUAAGUAGAACGAGCCUUGCGGCCUGUUUCAGAAAGGCGAAAAUGUCGACUGGGAUGGGAAAGCACAAAAUGCUGUCUCUGGGUCCGACUGAGCCCUGGUCUAUUCGGGAGAAACUGUGUCUCGCCUCCUCCGUGAUGAGAAGCGGAGAUCAGAACUGGGUGUCUGUAAGCAGAGCCAUCAAGCCUUUCUCCGAGUCUGGACGACCCCCAGACUGGUUCUCCCAGAAGCACUGCGCUUCCCAGUAUUCUCAACUACUGGAAACCACAGAGGCUCCAAAACGUAAGCGGGGUGAGAAAGGGGAGGUGGUGGAGACCAUCGAGGAUGUGAUCGUCCGCAGAUUGACAGCAGAGAGAAUCGAGGAGCUCAAGAGGCUGAUCAAAGACACACAGGAGAAAUACAGGAAACUGAAGAAAGAGGUGGAUUUGAUCCAGGCUGGUCACGUGGACCCUAAACUGGAGGAGCUCUGGGCAGAAAUAGAGCUAAAGAAGAAGCAGGAAGAAGAGGAGGCGGAGCAAAAAAAAAGGGCAACUGAGGCAGCCUAUCAGAUUCGUCAGGCAGCUAAGAACACACCAAAGAGAGUUCCCAGUGUGACGGUACGCUCGCCGCCCGGCGCUAGCUCUCCCAGCAUGGACAUUUUACAGCCAGACGCAUCACAGCCAAUGACGGAUGAAUCCUGUGCCAGUCCCAUGGCUCAAGGAGUGACCGUCUUCAUGCCUGUCUCAGAUGUCAUGGGUCCAGGGCCUAAAGAGUCAGGAUUGAGCUCUCUGGUGGACGACUCUCCACAGAAGAAACACCUUGCUCCGAAAGCCACACCUCCUCCCUCCCCGCUGCUGUCUGAACUGCUGAAGAAGGGCAGUCUCAUUGCUGCCAGCUCCAGACUGGUGGUUGAAGGUGAAGUGGCCACAGGUUUGAGUAAUGGUUCUCAUGCAGUCGAGCUUCACACUUCUGCAACAGUUCUCCCUGCUACCCAAGACAUCACAGCAGAUGCUCCUACUCUAUCUCGUCUGUUGGAGAGCGUCACCCCAGCACAGCAGCCUGUGAGUGCUGAUCCCCCUAAGCCCCCUACUGUGGUCCCUCCAGCCCCGGACCACCUCUCUGUGCCCAAAUCAGGAGAUGCAGCCAUCGCUGAAGGUUCUGGAGCUGAGGCUGUAAUGGCAGGUUCAUCCACACCUGCGGAGGUGGAGGGGAAAGAGACGGAGCUGGUGGAGGAGGACACAGUGGUGUCAGUGUCAUAUAUGGGCCACGAACUGGACCUAGAGACUGUGGGAGACAUCAUUGCAAUUAUAGAGGAGAAGGUGGACGACCCUGUGGAGGCUCUGGACGCAGCGGCAGUGGAGGCAGCUCUCUCCCUCUGUGAGGAUCCAGCAGUCGGAGGUCACCCCCUCACCAGCCCCUGGGAAUCACAGACAUUUAAGGCAGCCGAACCAGAGCCUAUGAUCCAGCAGAGUGCCAUCCCAGCGGGCGCAGAGAGUGCCCCGAACUCUGCAAUUGUGCAGGGAGAAAUGGAGGUUCUGGUAGAAGAGGCUACAGAAACCGAAGCAGUUGAGGGAGUGACAGAGGAGCCUGAGGUGCCCUCUGCCCCGGAAACAGAGCAGAGCCAGGACUCAGAGGUUAAGACAGAGGUCGAGAGGGGAGGAGAGGGUGAAGGGGGUGUGGAGGAAACAGCGCAGCCGGAGAACAGAACACCGAGUCCAGCUGUGAAGUGUGAAGGGGAGGACUGGGUUCAGCCAGAGACCGUGACACCCUGUCUGGAUUCAGAAGAUAGCUCGGCCUCAGCAAAAGAUGCAAAGGAAGUGAAGGAGGAGGAUGGAGGCAGUGAGGUAGAUGUGGAUGAAGGGAUGGAGAUGAAGGAGUGUGGCGAUGGUGAUGGCGAGGGCCCCUAUCUCUCCGAGGUGGAUCCUCCUGCCAGUGAGAGUGAGGAUGGAUACGGCAGUCACUCGCAGCGCUACACCACUGCAGACUCCACCGCCAGCAGCCCGGCCUCAUCACAGUUCUCCAUGUGUAGUGAAGAUCAGGAGGCCUUACAGGCUCAGAAGAUCUGGAAGAAAGCUAUAAUGUUGGUGUGGCGAGCAGCAGCCAAUCACAGGUAUGCAAGUGUGUUUCUGCAGCCUGUGUCUGAUGACAUCGCGCCAGGGUAUCACAGCAUUGUACACAGACCAAUGGACCUCUCAGCCAUCAAGAAGAACAUCGAGUCUGGCCAGAUCCGCACCACAGCCGAGUUCCAGCGGGACAUAAUGCUGAUGUUCCAGAACGCAGUGAUGUACAACAGCUCGGAUCACGACGUUUAUCACAUGGCCCUGGAGAUGCAGAGAGACGUUCUGGAGCAGAUCCAGCAGUUCCUGGCCACUCAGCUGAUCAUGCAGACGUCAGAGUCGGGCAUCAGCACCAAGAGCCUGCGCGGAAGAGAAGCCAACCGCAAACAAGACCCCAAUGAGAAGACCCUGAGUCCUGCACACAAAGAGCCUCAUUUAGAGCCAGAACCACCAGCCAGAAGGAAAAGGAACAACUCCAAACAAGACACUGUUGAGAAGGACAGCCUCUCCAUGGCCUCUCCUGCUUUCCUUCUCUCUCUCUUUGACGGGGGCACCAGAGGGCGCCGCAGUGCCAUUGAGGCCGAUAUGAAGAUGAAAAAGUGAAGCAAGACGUCAUCACGAGUUCAAAUAAGACUUAUUUACCUGUUUCUAUAAGGCGUUCGGGCUACGUUUAGUUACUCUGGUUUGAUUCAGCAGUUUGCCACGGUCUAGUUAAAAUAAAUGAGGCUUCAAAAGGACUUGACCUUUUUUCCACAGAAGUCUUUCAGUUCUAGAGCUGAAAAACUGAUCCAAUGUGCUUUGACUCACUUGUUUACUUGAGUUUAGAGAAGCUGUCAUCACUGGCGUCUUAAAACAUGCUGAAUGUACCACCAUGAAGACCACUAGAUGUGUAGAAACCAGAAUGUUACCUUCUGAAACCUUCCAAGCCAUUGAUUAAACACAAAGAUCAUCGUCGCCUUAUGACAUUGGGGAACGCAGAACGUCAAGAGCAAUAAAAAUAAGCUCUUCAAUGGGAAUGAAGAUGGAUCCUCGGUUUUCUUUUAUCUCGAUUUCUUUGCCUAGUCAGGAUGAUUACAGUUUAAAGGCCUAAAGUACUACACUAUGUUCUUGAAAGUGAGUGAAUCUGUACGUUUAGAAAGAACAUAUAGUUUUGUACAGGGUCUUCGUGUACAGUGUUUUUGUAUAGUGUCGUGAAAUGUUUUAAUAAAACAUGAGUCUGCAAAUAAAAAAA